AUGGACUUAAGUGCUUUUCUUUUCGACAAUUUACCUUAACCCUAGGAAAAUUAUGAAUAGAUUUAAGAUGAUUGUCAUCAAUACUUAUCUAAAUUGAAUUACAAUAAAUCUUUAUUUAGAAUUUAAAGUCCUGAACUAUCUAUUCAAGAUGAUUGUUUAUCUAAUGUAAAUGAUUAAUCAUUUGAAAUUGGUUUAGGGGAACUUAAACUUUCUCAUGAAUUGAAGAAUGAAAUAACUGAGAAUGACAUUAAGAGUUUUCCAAAAAAAGCAUAGAAGACCUAGAAACUAAAUAAGAAAAGAAAACGUUAAAAUGGACCUCUUUCAGAAUAAGAAUUUAUUGAUAUUAUGAAAAAACUAGAUCAAUGUCAGUAGGUGAUGAAUAUGAUUGAUAAUAUGAGCCUUGUUUUGAAUAGAUUUAAAUGUUAGCUGUAACAACAGCGAUUUGAAAGGAUUUAAUGAUCA